AGAAAGACGCGGAUUGAUAUGAGGGGGCGUGAAAAGGCUGUGUUUGUAUAGGCGUUGUGCUCCACGGUGCCGAAAAGUUUUAGAAACGCUUUUUUAUUUCCUCCUCCUUUUCAAUAGAUAGAUCGUCUCUAACAUCAAAUGGUUUGAAGGAGACCGAAGCGAUGCUUUAUUAAUGUGAACUCUUCCUGUUCCUGUGUCGGAGUUUAAGAGCGCACUUCAGCCCACAUCAACAUGGAGUAUCACUCUUUCUUGCCAUUACGCUGUGUGAAGCAACCCUUGAAUUCUGACACAUUUGAGUACGCGAUUGAGUACUUCAAGCAAAUCAGAGAACGUUGUGGCAGCAUAGAUCCUUUUCUUCAAAAUUCCCCUCGUUUGCAAAGCCGACCUCCGAAUCCUCUCUUUCCCACUGGCUAAUGACAGCCAAUCCCAGAACGGAGGGGAGGAGUCUACACGGACGUACGGACGUACAUUGAUUGGAUGACAGAACAUUUUGACACCUACCCGCUUUCAACAUCGACCGAAUCGUCUCCUGGCUCAUCGAUUCCACCUUCCCCCUUGGAACAUGAUGUCCAGGUGCCCUCAGAUUUGGAGGUCAUGACCUCCCUCCUAAAAGAAGAACUUGCUCAACUCGAGGAUUAUUACCUAUUUGAAUCAGCGCCCAUGAAAGCAGAGAAAUGGCAGAAAUGUGAUAAAGGCUACCAAGCAAUGUCUGCCCCGUCAUACUACCAGUUGCCCUGCACUUCAUACAAUGUGAACCAGUCCGAAUCGAACCCCAGGCUCGUUACCUUGGCAACAGGUGAGCUUGACCUGAGAGGGUUUUGUGGCAGCUCUGUCGGAAGAUCUAAAACCUCCAGACCCGCUCCUUACAGCUAUGUUCGGACGCACUCCACCAGCCAAAGGAUAGCAUCAAACGGUUGCAAAGACGUGGAAGUUUUUGAGAAAGAGACAUGGACUUUUAAAGGGACUCAUUCAGGUUAUGCAGAGAUGGCUUUAGACCAGUGUGCUGUUGACAAGAUUUUUGGGAAGAACCACAUCGGUACGAAAAAGGUUCGAGAAUGUGCCAUAUUGUUAAAGGAUGAGGAAAAGAGAUGUUUCACCGAAGACGUUUUUUACCGGGCAGAGAUGGUCAAAAGUUUUGAUGGUGGCCCGCCACUGGAUGCGCACCAUAGAAGAGAAGGUCAGGCUCCUGGAAUGAAGAUGCCCUGUCACGGUCACGAAGGUGUUGGGAUGCCAGUGCUGCACUGUAGUGAAAAUGGAAAUAGUCCUGCAUUUAAACACCCAGAGGUAGCUGAGUGUUACUUCAGUCAGAUUACCGCGAAUUUAGAACCGUAUCACGGCUUCAUGAAUGAGGUAGAUCAGCCAGUCCGCUCUGGAGCUGUCGAGUCUAUGAAUAGCGGUUACUCAAGCCAUGAAUGCCUUGUAGAUCAAAGCUUCGAAUGUCUGUCCGGAGACAGUGUCGGAUCUUCUUUGGAGUUUCCUGCACAGAAGCCAAUGCAAAGGCUGAGAGAGAACCUGUGUGUGUUCAAGCCGGAGGUCAAAGUAAGUUGCCUGGAAAGGAGCCAUGGAGAGCGCAAGCAGAAGAAAAGAGACCAGAACAAGACAGCUGCUUACAGGUAUCGGCAGCGGAAGAGGGCGGAGCAGGACUGCUUGGAGGAAGAGCUUCACGGAUUGGAAGGGAGAAACAGAGAGCUGCGAGACAAAGCCGAAUCUGUCGAGAGAGAGAUCCAGUAUGUCAAAGACCUCCUGAUUGAAGUGUAUAAGGCUCGGAGUCAGCGCCUCAAAGAGGAUUCCAGUGCCUAAACCCCGUCCUAAGCACCAGCAUCGAAAGAUCGAAGGACUUUUCUUUUUUUUUUCUUUUUCUUUUUUUUUUUAAACCAACCUCCGGUAGUGUUUUUUGACGGUCAAAGUAAUCGGAAAAGAGCUAACGCUGGGUUUGCUAAAUCGAAUUUUAGCGAAUUAUGUAACGAACACUGUGAUACCAGCUUUAGGCUGACCAGUAUUCUUAGUAUUCUAACGAGAGCUAAAGAUAUUAUGCAUUUUCAUGAUUCGGUUUCAUUUCUUUCUUUUCAAUCCUCUGUGCAUAUGAAAAUCAUUUAUACCAAAAAAAGGGGGAAACCAACAGCUAUACUAACGUAUGCUAGCUCAGAUGUGUGUUUGUUGUGUGGGGCAUGAUGGUACAGCUUAAUUGAGGACUUUGUACGAAUGUGAUUACUGCUAAUUUUUUUCUUUGCGCUGUAACUAUAAAAGCCCUGUAAUGUUAAGUGUAAUUCAUUUAAGUUUUUACCUUACAUUUGUUUUGGUAUUUUUUAAUAUUUUAUUUCGCGUGUACGUCUUUAUUUAACGAUGCAGGAUAGGUUUUUUGUUUCGUUUUUUCUCAAAAUCACAUUUAAAACAGUGUACAUUAUCAGCCAAUGUACUGUGGUUUGAAGCACACUAGUAAGCUUUUAGAUUUCUUGGUAACUUCACUGGCUCAGGUACUGAAUGCAUGUCGGAAAUAUUAAGAAGCAUGUUAGGUUUACGAUUUACUGCAUGACUCUCAUGAUUAUAUGACUGCAUUGUACAUUACGACAGCAAGUAGACUUCGUUUCUUCCAUCCAGACCCUUUUUAUUGCCAUUUACUCCGAUCACAAGCUGCCAGAUUAUUCGUCCGUAAGGCAUGGAACUGCAUUAAUCGGUAUGAGAGGCCGUUCGCUUUCUUGUGCGGGUUUGCGGCAAACAAUCACUGUCAUCUUACGAACCAGCAUAACAGACUGUAGGCCUAAUGGAAUUUAUAUUUUUAAGAUAUAUAUAUAUAUAUAUAUAUAUAUACAUAUAUAUAUAUAUACUUCCAGGUGCAUAUUAGGUCUGCUUUUAAACUCGUCACAAUGCCGAGAUCGGGAAAUGCAGGAAAUCCUCUGUGUGAUGACUGAGAUGAGCAUCAGAGUCAAACAGCACAAGUGUGAACCAAAUGAUCACAUUUCUGUAUUAAAAAUGAUUGUUUAAUGUCAACAAACACGCAGGAUUAUUUGUGUUCGAGUCUGGCUGGAUUUCUUUCUAUUGUUUUCUUCUAUUUAUGAACAACUCACCUGAUUAGGAUUAUAUCAUGAUUUCAUAAACAUAAAUCAGAAAUGUCUGGCCUUUAUGGUAUUCCUAUUUAUUCUGAUUCACUUACAGAUUUAUU